GGUCUUGGGUUGAAGCCAAUUUGCUUGUCUCCCAAGCUGACAAGAAGUGUCCAACAUCUCUCUAAAACCAAGCUUGAAGACCAGUGAACCAGCACAGGCCUUUUCAGCAGAGGUGUUAAAAGAGGUUUUAUAGAGAUUUCUAAAUCACAUAUGGUAAAUUGCCCUCUUGCUCCUCUUUAAUAGUAAACACUACAAAUUUAGUUAUUGCCCAGGGCACCGCAGCUGACAGUUCCACUGUCAUAUUUGUGUUUACUGACCGUGACAGCCCCGAAAAAUCGCGCGCAGCAGCGUCAUCGGGCGCUUGCUGAGUUCGAAAUAAGGGGAAAAGAAGGUGACGAGGAAAAGCACCGACAUCAAAACCUCUGUGAGUCCCGCUCCUGUACUGCUCUGGCCCUGCGCCAACUCGGCUGCCCGUGGAUUGGCUCUCGCUUUGCCUCUCCUCCUCCUAAACUUUCCCAAACUGCAAUACGCACACACGCUAUCCACGCAGCGACUGAAAGUAAGGAGAACUGCUUUAAGGAAUGAGGAGUUUUUCACCUUAUUCCACUGCCAGGUUGCCUUUUAAAACAUGUAAUUUUAAAGCGCCUUUUAAAAAUGUCGCAAACGACCUUGAUGUGGAUAAUCUGUAUUUUUUUCCCACCGAAACGGACGUAAUUUUUCAAGUUUCUCACUCGAAACGGGGCAGGAAGGCAUCGGGGAAACUUUCUGCGCGAGGACUUUCAUAGCCAACGCUGCCUGGGAAGAAAGCGCGUGCUUGCGUACUUUUUCCAAACGGGGCUCCAGCAAAACGUCUUCUGCGGUCGUGCGCGGAGGGACCGCCUGAUCCGCUCAGGCUUUUCGGACAUAUAUUGUGGGUGGUAGCGUGAAUGCCCUGUGUUGGCAUUGAGGGAUGCCAGCAUGCCCUCGCUGAUUCUCUCCCAUCUGCUCCUCAUCUGGCUCGCGCUCCAGCGGCUGGCUCUGUGCGGAGAGCGCGCGUCCACUCGCGAGCGCUUCAAAGUGGUUAUCGCGCCUCUCAUCUGCAAACGGACAUGUCUGAAGGGCCAGUGUCAGGACACCUGCGAGCAGGGCAACAACACGACCCUCAUCGGUGAAAACGGACAGUCGGCGGACACACUGACGGGGCCGGGCUUCAGAGUCGUGGUGUGUCCUCUCACCUGUAUGAAUGGAGGAGUAUGCAGUACCCGCACACAUUGUCUCUGUCCCCCAGGAUUCACUGGACGCCUCUGCCAAUUCCCACUUCGGACUCAAGCUUCUCGAGGCAACAAGCAGCCAGUCUACAAUGUACAGGUGAUGCCUGAGUCCCAGAGUCUGUCAGAGCCAGGUGGCACAGGUGGGCGGCAACAGAUGAAACAGACACACUCUGUGUUCACUCUGCAAGGCACUGGACAUCACUCUUCUGAAGUGCAGGUCAAUGUUCGUGUUCUUCACACGCCAGACACUUCAGUUGUCAUUCAUCCUCUCGACCAUUCAGAGAACAAGCCUCACAGUACCAAAACUGUGACCCGCCUCCCUCCACAGACGCACAAGCCAAAGGGGAGGUGCUUCCAGGAAACCACACCCAAACAGGCUUGUAGUAGUAACCCUCUCCCUGGUUUGACCAAUCAGGAAGACUGCUGUGGCAGUGUGGGUAAUUCCUGGGGCCAAAAUAAAUGUUACAAAUGCCCAUUACUACCUUAUGCUGGGAAACACCAGACUAUAGUAGAGGACUUUGGCUCCACGUGCCCUCAGGGAUACAAGAGACUUAACAGCACUCACUGCCAAGACAUAAAUGAAUGUAUGCUGCAGGGGCUGUGUCAGAAUGGAGAAUGUUUAAACACACAGGGAAGUUUCCGCUGCACCUGCAAACCUGGUUAUGUACUGACAGAAAGGACACGCUGUGUUGAUCUUUUUACUCUCUUAGCAUCAACAGCAACAGUUGAGCAGGGGCUCUGUUAUCUUAUGGUUACGGAAGCAGGGAAAUGUGAGCAUGCUCUUUUAACACACCUUACCCAGGAGAUCUGCUGCUGCACUGUGGGUAAAGCAUGGGGAAGCAACUGCGAGAGAUGCCCACAGGAUGGGACAGCUUCCUUUAAUAAGAUCUGUCCAGCGGGAAAGGGGAUGUCUUUCCUGACCUAUCAUGGCACUCUGACCAUUCAGCCCUUCCUGACCAGUAUUGAAUACAUUAAUCCUGACACUGAGGUCAAGCUUCCGGAAAUCCCAAUUCAGACGACCACACCCAUGCAGCUCUCACCAAUCAGCACACAUGGGCCACGCCACCCAGUCAUUGUGGCCAGGCCAACAACUCCUCCCAUAGUCCAUGUGCCUCCAGAGAGUGAUUCACAUGAAGAGGCCCAGACACAGGUCUCACCAAUGGAUGACUGCAAGCUGAACAGGAAUAUAUGCGGCCAUGGAGAGUGUGUGAACACGCAAAAUGGUUUCAUGUGCCACUGUUACACUGGAUAUCGACCACAUGCACAGAGAAAGAGUUGUGUUGAUGAAAAUGAAUGUGACUCUGAGCCAUGUGGUAGAGGCACCUGCAUUAACACCGUGGGUUCCUACAGAUGCAACUGUCACAGUGGCUACAAACCUGUGAUGCAUCAUGGGAAACGCAGAUGUAUUGAUGUAAACGAGUGCAUUAAGCCUGAUAUCUGUGGAGUUGGAGGGCAUUGCACUAAUUUGCAUGGAUCGUAUAAGUGUGAAUGUCUGCCAGGCUUCCGGAGCAAAUCACGCAGACAACCUCUCUGUGAAGAUAUUAAUGAAUGUUUGGACCCGAGUAUCUGUCCUAACGAACAGUGUGAGAAUACUGUUGGAUCCUAUGAGUGCAUACCCUGCCAACCUGGAUACCAAGCACAGGGAGGAGUGUGUUACGAUGUCAAUGAGUGUCAGAAGCGGGGUGUUUGUCUGAACGGCCGUUGUGAGAACUUGGCUGGAUCGUAUCGAUGUCUGUGUAAUGAGGGCUUCCUGCCUGAGACUGACAGCAAAGGCUGCAGAGACAUCAAUGAGUGUCAGGAUAACCGUCUGUGUGCUAACGGUCACUGCAUUAACACUCAGGGAUCAUUCCGCUGCCAGUGUUACCCUGGUUACCAGCCUACACAAGAGGGAAGCCACUGUGAAGAUAUUAAUGAGUGUGAGCGAGCUUCCUACUGUCAGCAAGGACGCUGUAUCAAUACGAUGGGAUCUUACCACUGCGAUUGCCAAAAAGGAUACAAGCCCAUCCUUGGGCGCCGAUGCCAGGAUAUAGAUGAGUGCGCUUUAGAAAGGAGUCUGUGUCAGCCUCACGGCGUAUGUGAAAACAGACCGGGUGGAUAUGUGUGUGUGUGCAACGAUGGUUACGAACUGUCUGAUGACAAACACAGCUGUGAAGAGGUUGAGAUAGAUCGGAAUGAUAAGAAGGAGUGCUACCUAAAUCUAGAUGACACCGUGUUCUGUGAUAGCGUCCUGGCAACCAACGUUACUAAGCAGGAGUGCUGCUGCUCUAUUGGCGUGGGAUGGGGAGAUCACUGCGAGAUCUACCCCUGUCCCGUCUACCACUCAGUGGAGUAUCUCUCUUUGUGUCCAGUUGGCAGAGGAUUUUACUAUGACGAAGGAAAGAUGGGAUAUGGAUUGCCUUUGCACAGAGAUAUUGAUGAGUGUGUAUUGUUCUCUAACGAGAUCUGUAAGGAGGGACGUUGUAUGAACACACAGCCUGGCUUUGAAUGCUACUGCCAACAGGGAUUUUACUAUGACAGCAAUCUACUGGAAUGCAUCGAUGUGGAUGAAUGUCAUGACGAGUCCCUGUGUACCAACGGACAUUGUGUGAACACUCGCGGUUCGUUCUACUGCACCUGCAACCUACCCUGGGUCCCUGAUGCCUCUAACAAGAAGUGUGUCUUUCCCACAGUUACAGGUGUGGAUGAAUGUCAGGACCCUGCUAAUUGCAAAAAUGGCCACUGUGUAAACACCCAAGAUUCCUAUUAUUGCAUCUGCACUCCUCCCUGGAUUCUGGCAACCGACCGUAACAGCUGUGUCACACCUGAGGAGCAGGCGGUAACGGGUGUGUCUGUGGUGCACCUUUCAGAUGUGAAUGAGUGUGAAGAUCCCUCCUACUGUAGGAACGGGAGAUGUGUCAACACUCCCGGCUCCUUCCACUGCAUUUGCAAGCAGCCACACACCUUCAGUGCAGCCCUCAAGCAAUGCGUCUAUGAUGACCGCACUGCAGCACACAAGGACAUUUGUUUCCGGGAGGUUGAUGAGGAUCUUAUGUGCACUAUGCCACGAAAUGAGCUAACGGUGACGUACUCCGAGUGCUGCUGUCACUACGGUCGAGGCUGGGGCCCAGAGUGCCGGACCUGUCCAAAUAGAAAUUCAGUGCUUUUUAACAGGUUGUGUGAGAUGCAUUUGGAGACUGAGUCUGACGGAGAAGGGGACUUCCUGGCAGCUUUCUCCAGUUACAACCCAGAGGGAGUCAGUUCAGAGGAAGACUCAGACGAGUGUGGCUGUGCUAAUGGUCGGUGCGUGCGCUCCUAUCUGGGUACAAUGUGCGAGUGCAAUACUGGAUUUGUACUGGACCACUCGCGAACACGCUGUAUAGAUAUCGAUGAGUGUGCGGGCCGAGGGACAGGGCAGAGUCCCUGCAAGAAUGCACGCUGUAUUAACACCUUCGGUUCAUACAAAUGUCACUGUAAACUCGGAUUUGUAGCGGCACGCCGACCAAAUGUGUGUAUACGCGCUAGGGCUCAGUAACAGCACUGCGGCUCAUCCACACGGCCCACACUCUCUCUCAUGUACAUACAGAAAAAUUCAUAUGCCACCACUAAUACACAUCAUCAAAUCUAGUAUAACUGCAAUUAGGAACAUUUACCCAUAAACACACACACACACACGAAAACAUUUCAUGUUUCACAUUCUCAUUUCCUGUUAAUCAUUUUCUUAUGCUGGGAAUUAAUCAUUAACUUCUGAAAUAUUAAGAUUUUAUGUUGCUUUUAUUGUAUACUUUUAUUCAUAUCAGUUUGCACCCAUUUGAAAUGUGUUUGUUGCUGGACGAGGGUUUGUCAUUGGAUGAAAUGUGUCUUCUAACUUAAGUGGGUUCAUUUUUUUUGUAAUUAUGUUGCUGCUCAGCACGUUUUGGUUAACUUUAUUACAGCUCAAUAUUUUGUUGAGUAUUGUAUUUUUUCUGUAUUUCUUUUCUUCUUUUCUAAGAUUUAAAUUUGUAAGACUUUCAAGUCAUUUUUUUUCUUAUUGGUUUCUGCCCUCUUUCAGUUUGAUAUCAACGAUCAUUUGAUUUUUGGGAUAUUCCUUUGUUUGUAUUGAUGUCUGUUUGUUGUUCACCAUUGAUAGUGUUUUGUUCUAUUAAUCUGCUUUGUACAUUAAUGUCUUUAUUUGAUAAUGCAACCGUUGUCAUCUUUAUUUGGUUGCACUGAGAACCUUAUCGUUUUUAUAUGAAGUUAGUCAUUGACAAAUAUGCCAGUGAUGAUUUUGGUUUUCUGAACCAUUUAAAUUGCGCAAAAAUGUUCUACUGAAACAGAAUGAAAAAAAAAAGUUUUCAAUUCCUUAAAUACUUUUUGCUUUCUUAAUGAGACAGAACUGCGAGGUUAUUUUUCACAGAAAAAAAAAUUGACCUAAUAACUACACAAGUGCAUAUACCAAAGGAAUGAAUAUAAAUUAAUAAACAAGAAAAAAUAAGUCAAACUCAA